CGUUGGGUGUGGGGCCUCUGUGGUGGUCCUGAUGUGCCCCAUGCCGCAUUGUCUGUAUCUACAGUCAACACAGAGAGCCACGGCGUGGGGAUCAAGCAGAGUCAGCUCUCUGUGAGCUCCCAUAUUGUACAAGAGGAUGAAUUAUUGAAAGCUGUGCGAAAUAGCGAAUCAUUACGCUUAACUUUUACCCUACAUUUGACGGAAAGCACAUCCGUCGAAUGGGAAACAGUAGUAUGGCGACGUUGUCUUUACAUUCGUGUGCCAAGCUGUCUUUUACCCGAAGGUUCGAAAGAAGGCUUCGUUUCUCUCCUAGAAUAUGCCGAAGAAACACUACGAUGUACAAAUAUCAUUGUUUGCCUGCGUAAAGACAAAGCAGACCGAGCAAUGCUGGUUCGUACCUUCAUGUUUUUGGGCUUCAGUGUUCUACCGCCGACUCACUCCUUGGUUCCACCAGGCAGUGAUGCUGGCAAUCUUUAA